AUGCCAGAGCGAGUGAACAACUUCCAAGGUCAACAAUUUCAUAAGUUAAGGAGGUCCUGCCUGCGCCGUGGGGCUCUCUUCAAGGACCCUCUCUUCCCACCCACGGCCCAGUCUCUCUUCUACAAGAGUGCGCCCCCUCCAGGGCUGACCUGGAAAAGACCGAAGGAGAUAUGUAAGGACCCUCGACUUUUCAUUGAUGGCAUCAGCACACGGGACCUGCAUCAAGGCAGUCUUGGCAACUGUUGGAUGGUCGCGGCUAUUUCGUGUUUAGCUUCAGAGCCAUCUCUUUGGAAAAAGGUCAUCCCUGACCACAUGGACCAGGAGUGGAAUCCAAAGCGCCCUGAUCUGUACGCGGGAAUCUUCCACUUCCGAUUCUGGCGCUUUGGACGCUGGGUGGACGUAGUCGUGGAUGACCGGCUGCCGGUCAAUAAGGAUGGAAGGCUGCUCUUCUGUCGCUCGGCCACUCCAAGAGAGUUCUGGAGCGCUUUAUUGGAAAAGGCCUACGCCAAACUUAACGGCUGCUACGAGGCCUUGGAGGGGGGCAACACCCCAGAGGCUCUUGUUGACUUCACCGGAGGCGUCUCGGAGCCUCUGAGUCUCGACCGUGACACUCUCAGCCAGCACAGCGAUCAGAGGAGGACCCUAUUUCAGACCCUAGUCAAGGCACAUGAACAAAACUCCCUGAUCACAUGUUCCAUACGGCCAGCGGAUGGGGAGACGGUGGAGUCAGUUUUGGAGUGUGGCCUGGUGCGGGGACAUGCUUAUGGAAUCACAGCGGUGAAAAAGUUGUGGUUGGGGGAAAAAAAUCCAACAUCCAAUGCAGCUUCUAGACUGCUGAUGGUGCGAAUGAGAAACCCAUGGGGGACCAGUGACUGGACGGGUGCAUGGAGUCAAGGGUCAAAGCAGUGGCAAAACAGGAGUCGAGGUGAAAGAGAGAAAAUGGGACUCAUUGUUCGGGAUAUUGGGGAAUUCUGGAUGGAUUUCGAAGACUUCUGCCGCUACUUCACAGAUGUGGUGGUUUGUCGGCUUCUCGAAAAGAACCUGUUCUGGCCCAGAAGUCACUGGCGAGAAGCGCGUUGUUAUGGGGAGUGGACUCCAGCGCCGUCUUCUGCCAGUGCGCCGCUCUCCUUGCUUAGAUCUGAUAUCCCCACGGAGAGGAGCAGAGACAUACCAGCUCCAGCAGAUCACAGAGACCACAGAGAGGAGGCCCAGCUUGGGAAGAGUCAGCCGGGAAGAGGGGUCAAUGGAAAGGCCAGCUGUCAACAGGCUGUCGCCAAGGAGGACGGUAGUGAGAAGCAGGAGAUUACUGAGAGCUGGGUGACACGGAUCGACAAGAGCAGUCGCUGUGGAGGAUGCAUCAACCACAGGGAGACUUUCCUGCACAAUCCUCAGUUCAUGUUUGAGGUGCGAGGCAAAGAAGAGGAAGUGCUGAUGUGUCUUCAGCAGGAAGACCGAAGGAUGCAGAGAAAAGAUGGAGGAGGAGAGAACCUGGCCAUUGGUUUUGAGGUUCUGAAGGUGGAGGUGAACCGCUUCAGCAGGGUGCAGUGUGUGGUCAAACAAGCAGCUAGCUCCAUCUACAUCGACUCCCGCAGCGUAACGCUGAGGAAAACCUUUGUUCCCGGCCGAUACGUCGUGUUGCCCACCACCUUCCUGCCUGGUCCCACGGGUCGCUUCCUUCUGCGUCUCUUUUGCCACUCAAACAUCCAGAUCAGGGAACUGCGGGAGGAUUUGCCAUCACCUUCAUUGUUCCAGUGUUUACUACCUCAUCCCACCAUGGUGACCACAGUUCAUCUCCGCAGAGCCUCAGGAUUCAGUCUACCAAAACAGAAAGCUCCAGAUGUUUAUGCCAUUGUUCGAUGUGAGAGCGACACCAUCAGGACUCAGGUCUUCAAGGCUGAAGGAAACCCAGAGUUCGAUCUCAGGACCAUCUUCUACAGGAGGCACCCCGACCUACACAUCUCAGUGGAGCUCUGGAGCCGGGGUCUGCUGUGGGACACCAUGCUGGGCAGAGCUCGAUUCCAGACCCUGGAGUCAGAGAGGGCUCGCAGUCGCGUGAUGGAUCUCCGAGGUGGCGACUCCCGCAGCAGGUUCAGGGGUUGUGUUUAUGUGGAGACCUCAUCCAGUGGCUGUCUGACUGACCUGUAG